AAUCCUCUCGUUCGUAUCUUUUUAAAUGAUUUUUGAUACAUGAAUCAUUCCACUAGAUGACUAUAACUCUGGUGUUCUGGUAACUAUAUAGAUACAUUUUGUGUGAACUGGAAUAUAGAUACUUGUACUAAUAAAGAUGAUUGUAUGUAUUGGUCUAUGAAGAGACCAGCCCAAGGUCCACGCCUGCACACAAGACUCAAAAUCUCGUGCUAAAGAGCCUAGAAGUUCAAGUAGAAGUACUUAUUUCUGAUUUACCAGGAAAAUAGCAAAACUGAAGAAUUAAUUCGUCUGUUUUGCAAAAGGCAUGCACAUCGUGAAUAAAUUUUGUAGUGAAAUAUCUGAGUUGAUCAAAUAGAAGUUGUAUGUAUCUUUUCGAUGCAGAGGCCGGAGAUCUCUUCUUUCGGGGAAAAAAAACUGAGUUGUUCUCGUGCUUAUUUCAGAGAUUCACUUAUUAUGUCGACGACCCUUAUGCUACAAAACGAGAAGCAAAACAUUCAUAUCCAGAUAGGAACGAAACUAAUGGUCCAACGCAUAAGUUAUGGCACAUCACUCUCUCACAAAUCACAAUCCCACUGAAAUGUGCAAUAGCUUGCGGAAAAUGAUCCGCGGAUCACCUCCGCUGCCAAAGAGAAGACAUACACUACUACUACUCCAUGUGAUUUAAGUAGUACUCGUCUCUGUUAGCUCGUGGAACACGAUUACACGUACGUCCACGCCAUCUCCCUUCCAGAGUCAGGUCCACGACGACGCACCAAUAAUCAAGCGCUGGAGCUCCAUCUGAUCAUCUGACUCAGCGCUUAUCUCUCGGCACAGUCAUCCCAUCGUUUUCUCACCACAAAUUCACGCCGUCGAGUCGCCGAUUACACGACAAACAAAACACCCGCCAAAUCAAACACCUCCACUGACCUCAGUGCACUCUUCCUCUUCCCCUGCUCUCUCUUUACCGUACCAACCAUGGUGUCCAAGAACUCGUCGGGUCCCGCCGGCGAGGCAUCGGAGGAAGCGCUCCUGCUGCCGGAACGCGGCGCCGGGGACCCGGGAGGCGGCGCAUCGGUGCUCGGCGCAGUGUUCAACGUGUCGACGAGCGUGGUGGGCGCCGGGAUCAUGUCGCUCCCCGCGACCAUGCGGGUGCUGGGCGUGGCCCCGGCCGUGGCGCUCAUCGUGGCCGUCGCGCUCCUGUCGAACGUCGCCGUGGACUUCAUGCUCCGGUACACGCGCUCGCGGCCGUCGUACGCGGCGCUGAUGGGCGGCUCGUUCGGCCGGACCGGGGCCGCGCUGCUCAACGUCUUCGUCGCCUUCAACUGCGUCGGGACCCUCACCGUCUACCUCAUCAUCGUCGGGGAUGUGAUGUCCGGCCCCGCGAGCGGCGGGAAGGGGCACGCCGGCGUGCUGCCGGAGUGGUUCGGGCCGCACUGGUGGACCGGCAGGGAGGCCGUGCUGGUGGCAGGCGCGGUGAUUCUCCUGCCCCUCGUGCUCCAGAAGCGUGUAGACUCACUGAGGUACACUUCGGCCGUGUCCAUCCUCUUGGCGGCUCUGUUCAUGCUCAUCACCAUGGGGAUCACGGUGUACACCAUCUUCAGCGGCACCGCGAAGAUGCCCCGGAUGCUCCCGGACUUCUCCCGCCUCUCCUCCCCGUUCGAGCUCUUCACCGCCGUCCCCGUCAUCGUCCUCGCCUUCACUUUCCACUUCAACGUGCACCCCAUCCGCGCGGAGCUGAGCAAGGCGUCGGACAUGAAGUCGGCGGUGCGCAUCUCCCUCGUCCUCUGCUCCGCCAUCUACGCGGCGGUGGGCUUCUUCGGGUUCCUCCUCUUCGGGGACGACACCAUGCCCGACGUGCUCGCCAACUUCGACCGCAGCUCCGGCACCUCCGGCGUCCCGCAGGCGCUCAACGACGCGGCGCGCCUCAGCUACGCGCUGCACCUCGUGCUCGUCUUCCCGCUCCUCCACUACUCCCUCCGCGUCAACGUCGACGAGCUGCUCUUCCCGGCCAGCCGGCCGCUGGCCACGGACACGCGCCGGUUCGUCGCGCUCACCGCCGCGCUCAUGGCGGGGCUCUACGCGCUCGCCAUCGCCAUCCCCAGCAUCUGGACGCUCUUCCAGUACACGGGCUCCACGUUCGCGGUCUGCAUCUCGCUCAUCUUCCCCGGCGCCAUCGUUCUCAGGGAUGUUCACGGAAUAGCCAAGAGGAAGGACAAGGCAAUGGCGGCAACGAUGAUCAUUCAGCGCAGUGAUCACGAGCGGCAUCGCCAUUGCCUCCAAUAUUAUGAGCUCCAUCGGUGGUGAUGCAAAAGUAGCUAGCUACCAUGUACUGCAGAGUU